AUGUACAGAAGUGUGCCCCGACUCGUCCGAUCGCAGGGUAACUUGCUGAAAGGACUUUUCGGAAAGGGCGACAAAGAAGCGGCGAAGCAGCUGACCGCCGAAGAGCAAGAGAGCCUUCGGAAAACACUUCCGAGCAUCCGAGCGAGAGAAUCCACGCAGGUCGUCGCUCCCGCCGAUUCUGUCGCUGAAUUCGAUGACGCACUCUUCGACAGCAGAAUUGAUACGGACGCCAUCCGAGCCAGAGGGUUCUUAUUUUGUUAAUUCACAGACGAAACAGUUUUCAUUCAGAUUCCUGAAAUACACUCAAAACUACAUUCCGAGCAAUGACGUGAAGGACCAGGUGCUCGAGACGGCGUCGAGUUGUCUCCAGAAAGCAGGAAUCAGUGCCGAAGGCGUUGAACAGUACAAGUUCGCCGACGGAGACAAUUCUGUCAAAUUCGAACUGCUCAGCCGUUUGGGCAAAUCGAUCAAGCAUUGGCCGACAAACGGAAAACUUCUGCAUCUGGAAACGGUGGCGGAUGUUGUUGAGUUCUAUCAAAAGCCUGUAAAGAAUGUGACCAAGUACACGGAGUGAGUGUCGGUUAUCGAGAUAAAAUUGAAAACCGAUCAUUUUAGACUGGCACGCGAUGAAACGAAACCGAAGAACGUGUCAGUGAUGGAGCAGGCAGUGCGUUUCCAUCCGGAAGACACGCACAUGUACCACGGAGGAGUGACGGCGUUCCCGGGAAGCGGCGGAGAAGUGAUCUCGCUGAGACAGAAGAGACUGCUCCGUCAAUUCCAACCGAAGAAGGAAUGGUUCGAUUAUGAAGAUCAGACAUUCGACUAUUCCCGUCCUGAUAAGAACAUGCCCUGGGAUCCGGAGGUAGCUAAUCAAAUGGACAAAUACACCGAUAAACGAUACAAUCUCAAGACGAAACAAUUCACCAGAAUCCGGCAAUGA